AUGAGCAGUGAUGUCGACUAUCCGCAGGGAUGUCUACCGAUCGAGAACUCAACAAAUGUAUCACAACAAAUUGAAAGACUACGAAAACUCGCUGCAUGUCUGUAUGAUUGUAAAGAGAACAAAGAUGAAGAAGUGAAAUCCCCCACACGAUUUGCCAGACUGUUCCAACACUUAUCGCAGAGUUGCUUUCUGGAUAAUUCGAAUCCCGACUUCCGUCUUCAUCUCUCUUUGUGUUUAGCUCAUAUAUUGCGAGUUUUCUUACCUGAAGUUCCGACUCCGACAGCUAUUGAAUUGAAGAACGUCUACAUUCACAUUUUCCGCACACUUCGAGGUCUCGGAGAAAUCACAACGGACAGCCCGAAGUUCAAACAUUUUUUCAAUUUAGUCGAGGCUAUCAAAGUUAUCUUACAUCCGAUAUCUGAAAUGCAAGAUUUCGACGAGAAAGAAUCGAUUCCCGUCGUUAGAACUCUCUUCAGAGAAAUUCUGGGUCUAACUUGUGGGAAAGGAUGGAAUAAAAAUGUGAAAGAUAAUAAAAAAGAAGGUUCUAGUGAUGAAGAACCUAUAGAAGAGAACAAAGAGGAUGAGGACGAAGAAGAUAAAAAUAUUGUUGAAAAAGUUCGAGAAGCUUUGGUGACAAUUGGAAGAAAAGCAUUAGGAGAAUUGGAUUAUGUUCCCGCUGAAGUUCUUGAUGUCAUCUUUUAUCACAUUGCGUCUCCCCAGAGAACAAAUUUCCCUGAAGCUCGUAAUUUGGCUGAAUCAAUCAUUUAUUCUUGCAUGCAAAUCGAUGCGGAACCCACAACCGAAGAAAAGACGAAUCCAUUGACGGCGUCUAUUCGGAAUGCUAUGACAACCGCAGCUAAAGAAGGAAAGCUACCAGAAGAAUAUGAAAUGACUGGGUCAGAUAGCCGAAGUAAAUUUUUUGAUAUUUUGCGAGUUUUACACUUCAUCUCUACGAAAUUAGUCUCUGGUGCAACUGAAGAACUCAAUUUCUGGUUACAAUCUGACAAUGCGCAAUAUCGACUGGAAGCUGUGAAAAUAGUAGGUUAUUGUACACGUGACAGACAUUGUCAAUUCGGAAUGGACUCGAGCGAUGCAACUUGGACUGCCUUUUUGAAUGCAGCCAAAGAUCAAGAAAGUUCAGUGCGAAAGGAAUUUGUAACACAGUCGAAAUCAGUUUUAGUCUCGAAUCAUUCACAUCUUCGAGGCCAAAUUAUUAAUUGUCUUCUUCGCCUUUCCAAAGACCCUCAGGAUGAAGUACGAUUGAAUGUAGUUCAGGCGGUAACAGAAGUGUCAAAAAGUAAAUUAGAAGCAAUUAGCGACAAAUUAUUAAAACUGUGUGCCGAACGGAUGAAAGACAAGAAGCCCAAUGUAAGAAACGAAUCUAUUAAGCUGAUGAUGGACUUAUAUCACCAUGUCAUGACUUCUAAACCCCAGAAGUUCUAUUCGAAAGAUAGUCUUAUUAACCAUCAAGAUACAGACGACACAACUUUACCAUAUACUGAGUCUGAUAAGGAAUGUGUUCGUUUUAUUCCAAACGCGGUGUUCAACGUUUAUCGUCUUACACAAAGAACUCCGGCUUAUCUUGACUCCAGAUUAAUAAUCGAACGAUAUGUUCAAAAGAACUUCAUCCCUUAUGAGAUUGAUCCCAAAGAAAGAAUGAAAAUUAUGGCUGACAUGUAUAGAAAUCUCGAUGAUAUCGGGUGCUUAAUGUUUGGGGACAUUGUUAACCGCUCCUCGCAACUUCGUCGCGCUAUCAUGGGAAUUCUCAGCGGAUUGGGCAAGUAUCAUUCAGACUCACCAUCCGAAUUUUCCGCUCAAAUGAAAGAUCGAAUUCGUCGCAUCAUUCAAAUUUUCCCAGAUGCUUCUAAUCUCGAAAAAGCGAUGAUGACAUUCAUUAACACGUUGAGUGAAAAUUCCAAUGUUUUCGAUCUGGUCAAGAAGAUGAUGGGAGAUUGUUAUAUUUCCAAAGAAAACGCUGAUGACACGCUUACCGUGAGAAGAUCCGUAGAUGCUAAGUUAAAAUCAAAACUUCAGCAGACUAGUUUCCGGCAAUUCCUAGAUCGAGUUAUUCCGUUGAGUUUCGAUAGUCCAGCUGCAAAGGAACUCAUCCAUCUCGUCUCAGAGACUGUCUGUGCUAAAAUUGAUUUAAAAAACUGGGCUCAAGGAUGUUUCGAAAGAGACUUAGGUCUUCUAAAACUGUUCAGUGAAUACUUCGCUCAUGUUUUUGCUGACAAAGAUAUCGUGGAAGAGAUUCGAUCGAAAAUCCUUACAACCGAUGAGCCACGCGCCGUUGAAGUGGCUCUUCAUGCACUAAGCAAAAUUUUCCAAAAUUCAAACUUCAAAACGAGGAUGGAAGACGAGUCAAUAAGAAGAGAAAAAUGGUUUUUGAGCAUUAGCAAAAACCUUAAAGAACUUGUAACUAGAAGUGAUCCUGAACUACGUCGCAGCUGCAAGUUAGCGACUCGUUUACUCGCUGGUUUGUUGGGAAAAGAUAAGGCUGUUGAGUUUUUUGACGGCGAAUUUGAUACUCUUCUUUAUCGACUUGAUCUUGAAACACCUGGAUGUGCAAACUCUUUCCAAGUGUUAGCUGAAAUUUUCCGAACUGACAUCCCACAUUACUUUUCUCGCAUCAUGGAAAUUCUCGAAUCCGAUAAGAUUGGACCGUUGAUUAUGACAUCUCCACAACAUGAUGAAGAAGAUCCUAUUGAGUUCAAUGACUUGAUUCAUUUCGAAAAACAGCCGAGUCCGAAGUACACGAGCGCAAAGGUCUACGCUGCCAAAUUCGCUGCAAAAGUUCUGUCGUCUUGUUCUCUAGUUAUCGACCCUGUUGACAAACAGGACAUGGAACGAGUUGGUCAAAAGUUUAUUGACCUUUCCAGUGAAAUUAUCGAUAAGAACGGAGAUUUGGGUGGGAGACAAUGUGAUCUCGAGAAAGCUCGUCUUCGUUCGACAGCUGCCGCAUGCCUUCUUAAGCUUGCUACGAUAAUCACUUGGAGAACCAAAAUGCACACCGGUCUUUACAAGAACAUGUCCUAUAUGAUUACAGAUGAAGCAUAUUGUGUUCGUCUGUAUUAUGCACUACACAUAAAGAAAGGUCUUGGCAGAAGGCUUCCUAUCGAAUUCGCAGCAUGUUAUGGUUUGAUCAACCUUGGAUUAGUGGAAGAAGAAGGAGAGAAUAAAUUGGAAGGCUUUAAAACUAUCUGUAUGAAUCAGGCACAUCAAUCAUUCGUAGAGCGAAAUGAUGAAAAAGCUAAUAUACUGAAUUUACAAGGGGCUCAAAGAACGAUGUUCUGUGCAGAGACAGUUGUUGCCUAUGUUGUCUGGCUCCUUGCUAACUAUGGGAAAUUAGAAAAAUUAGAAGGCAACGCUGACAAAAAUGAUUCCGAAGAUACAUUGGCUCUGAAGGCUUCAAACGUGAACUUGCUGUCUGAAUUGCAAGAAUCUCUCUGGCUCGUUAUUGAUAUGUUGAAAAUCGCAAAGUGCAAUAUGCAAAAAGUUUGGAAAUACUUUGAGAAGUUGAAGACAUGUGGAGACAAGUCUAUGCGUUCAGACGGUCGAGUGAGUACUGCGCAACUUCGAGAACAUAACAAGAAAAUUUGGGCCAUUUGUGAUCUCGGAAUUUCAAUGAUGCUUUAUCGAGCAAAACUUCAAAUGGAAGAUCAAGAAUCAAAUGACACUGGCUUCAAUCUUCAGUUUUUCUAUGUUUGCAACGUAAAAGAUAAAGCCGAUCCAUCCAAUGUUUACGCUCCAGAUGUUCUAAUUAAUAGUGAAAAACAGCGAAACGGAAGACUCCCGAAACCGGGACAUGCAUAUCAAGUAACAGAUAUCACUGCUGAAUUCUCUCCACCACCACAAAGUAACGAAACAAAUGUUUCAAAUUCAUCAAAAAAUGCAUCAAAAAGAGGUGCUGCAAACACAUCUACGACGAAGAGCAGAAAAGUAGGUGGUAAAAAAAAUAGACGAAGUGGUGCAUCGAAAGCCAGCGAUGACGCUGAAGACGAUAGUGUAAUUAAGUCUCCACCAGCUUCAAAGAAGACAAGAAGCAAACGGGGAGUAUACGAUCCACCAGAGGAGGAAGAUGACGAAAUGGAAAUAAUUCCACUGCCCAAACGUCGUGGAGCACCUCCCGUGACAUUCGUUCCAUCUUCCUCUUCCUCUAAUGGCAACACUUCAAAGAAUGGAACUUCUUCGCCAAAUAAAAGUAACUCUAGAAAAGCGAAAGGACGACAGAACAGCAAGCAAGAAACCGAAAUUGAGAGUAGUUCAGAUGAAGAAGAAACAGAGAAAGCAAAUGGUGUUUCUCUCGAUAAUCUCGUCAUAUCACCCAUUCUGAAUGAAUCGUCUGGAAGGGCUCGCCGAAGUGCUCGUACUAUUGCUGCUACUGCCACUAUCACUGCCUCUACUCCAUUGGUGCCUCCGAAAGCUAAAAAUAUGAAACGGAAACGAUCAGAUUUUGUUCCGGAAGAAGGUGAUAUGGAUUAUGAAGAUCCACCAAUUGCCUCCUCUCCUUCACCGAAAAAGAGAACUUCUGCAAGAAUUGCCCCAUCCACUCCUACAACAAAGAAAGAGGCUUCUGCGACUGCUGCUAAAAAGCCAGCUUCCUCUAAAUUUUCUAAGAAGUCACCUGCGAAGACAAAUGGAACUUCGCCGAAAAAAAACAAAUACGGACUGCCCAUGGAAGAAGAGGAAGAAGAACAGACCGCAUCUACAUCCCGACAAUCCGUAAGAACACGAGCCAGGCUCUCCAAAAAAUGA